AUGUCAGCAGCGGACCAAAGUCGACGAUCAUCUUCAGCUGCUCGAAGUGUCAGCAUCAUCGAGGACAUCUCCAAGUACACAUUGACAUAUUUGUAAAAAGUUUUAGACACACCCCCUCUCACUUUUUCUGAAAUUUCCUGAGUUCCCUGGGUUUGCAUGACUGUCUGAAACUAUAAACUAUCUGUAACUUAGAGAUUCUGAAAAUUGAUUAAUUGCAGAUCAGAUGGAAGUGAAUCGCCGAAAUCGUUGAGAGAUUAUCACAGAGGAGGUUGGUUGGGGGAGGCUUUAGGCUCAGGCCUUAGGCCUUGUUCAGACUUAGGCCUGCUUUUAUUUUUUGAGACUUAGGCUCAGGCUUCAAGAACAUAAGUUAAGCCUAGGGAAGUUUAGACCGUUCACAAAACUUUUUAAUUCCAAAAAAAAUGAAAUAAAUCCAUUUUUGUCAAUUCAAAAAUAGUGAAAGUAGCAGGUCGAGUAAAUUGGUUGUAACAUGACCAACAACUAUUCAACUGCAAAGUUUGAUUUUUUUGGAAAAAAUAGAACUUCAUGUAAAUAAGUAUGUAAAAUAAAAUAUUUUGUAGGUUCGGGAAGUUUGCGAGGAGGCGGAGCCGAAGUUCUAUCAAGCAAUCCAGUUGUAAGUAAUUUCUAUUUCAUUAAAAAAUUUCUAACUUUUUAAUUUGAUAUGGAUCGAUUUGCCGAAAAUGUUUUCUAUUUUAUUUUUAUUUUUACCUUUUGUAAAACAAAGUUAUUUGAUAACAGAAAAUGGCAAAAAAGGUUAGUUCCACAAAAAUUGAUUUUUGUCGUGUUAGCAAGUCAGUUGUUGUUUUAAAAACGACCCCGAAAAAAUCUGAAACCAAACAAAAAUAUGAGAGAUUUGUUCGUUCCCACUUGAAAGUCAUAGCUAUUUUUCAUCAUUUUCUUCUCCUAUCAUUUUUUCUCUUCUUCGUUUUUAAUAUUUGUUCUUGUUAGUUAACCAAACCGUUCACUGUAAUAUUAUUGCGACGACCCGAGAGAACUUGUUAACUACUUACUUUUAAAAUUGAAGAUUUUUGACAACGAUGGUUUACCAAAGAGUUGUGAGUUUUUUUGUUUGGAGAGAAAAUUUGAUAGUUGAAAAAAAAAAUUUUGUGACCCAUUUGUAAAAAAAUUUACCAAAAAUUUAUUUUUUAAAUUUUUAGAAAUUUUAAAAUCUCAUCAAUGGACCUUUCGGGAUUCCGAAUUUUACUGUAGAAAAAAUUGAUUGGGCAGUUUUAAUUUAAAACUUCAAAAUCAGUUUUUUUUUCCAAAAAAAAUCCCCAACUCCUUUUUUUCAGGACAUGAAAAAAUACAAGCAAAAGCUGGACUCGAGACUUGGAAUAGUUCUUCUCUUAUGUCUCAUUACUAUCACCGUAAUUCUAGGUAUCAUUAAUUUUUCCCCCGAUUUCAAUGAACCUUGAAAUAAAUUCUCAGGAAUCUACGGUGGAAUGCAUUCUUCAGUUCACGACGAGCUUACAACUUAUGUCAAUCGAACACAUCAAAUUGCCACUGUUUGUUUUUUUUUGUGUGUAAAUAAAUACAAAAGUCUGAUUUUUUGUAGGAACUCAAAAAAUGCAAUGGACGAAAAUUAUCCGAAAGACAAUCAAACGAAUAUUGACAAACAUGGAAGAUCUUGGAUGACUGUUGAAGAACUUGAAGAUUAUGCUUAUCUUAUUGAGAAGGUUGGUGGGAGGUAGAAUCAGUAGCUUUAAAUGGGGUGGUUUCUGACAAAAUCUGACAAAAUUUAACUGUGAGGCGAGAAAACGCGCUCCAUAGACAAUUUCUUUUCAAUAUUUUUUUUUGAAAUUAUUUCCAGACCUUCAAUUUUCUCUUGAACGCCUGAAGCCACUUUUCCAUCAAAAUUUUUAAAAGAAGAUGAGAUCCCACAUUUAAAUAUAGGAUCCCCCAAAGAAUCAUUUUUAGCCCUGAAUUUAAUUACUUGAGGUUUAUGAACUUUAAGAUAUUUUUUAACCACGUGGAUUUUUGGCCGCCAAAACUCCUAUUCUUUCCAGACAAAUUCAACACUUUGGAGUCUUUUCUGGUGGAAUCUGAUUCUCUCAAUUCUUUUGUUGCCAGUUGUUCUCGCUGUUCAUCUUGAAUGGAUCAGUGGAAAUGGAGCAAAACUGGCAUAUCGUGUAAGAAUUUUUUUUAUUUGUCUUCAAUUUACUUUCAUUUAAAAUUUUUUUUAGAUUGUUCUUUUAAUCGGUCUUCUAUUCCUGGUUGCCCAAUUUCUCUAUUUGGUUCAUCCAAUUUUCUGGGGAGCCGCCAAAUUUCCAGGAAUGCUUGAUCGCCUUUUCCUCGAAGCCUAUCCAAGAGAUCAAUAUCAAAUCAACAGUAUUCAAGAUCGAUUUGCGUGCGAAUUCAAACCUCACGAAACGUUGGUUCAACUCAAUCUUCAAGUGCCAUGCAUUCCAAAAAUGAAAAAUUCACUUUUGCCAACUUACUCCACUCUUCUUCUCAUUUUCAUCGACAUCUUCCCAUUCUUGUUUGGUCUUUUCGUUUUUGCUUGGUCGGCGUGGAUUAAAAACAGCAAUUUUGUGAAAGAAGCUAGAACAAGAGUUCAAGUUAAUAAUUCAAGAAGGUGAGUUUGAAAUAAUUUGUUUUUCUCUUAAAAAAAACAGAAUUUGCAGAGUGCCAUUCCCAACUCAAAAUGUCUAUACACCAAAAGAAAGAAACACAAAGUUGGUCGAAUUAUAAACUUUCACUGAUUUUUUUUCUUUUUUUAAGUUUCGCGAUUUUUAGUUUGAUAUACUGGUAAUGAAAACAUUUUGUUUCUGCAUGGCUUAAUUUUUUUUUUUUUUUUUGAGAAAAUGUUUUUAAACUAUAACAAUUUCAGAUCAACAAACUUGGAUGGUGAUAAAUUUUGA